GUGACUCCACCCCGCAGACCUGCAUAUUUUUUCCGUGAAAAUGGUUUGGAGUUGGAGGUCCCUGAGGAUGAUGAGGAUAAUGAGGGUUUAGGAGCGCGAGAGGUAAAAAAAUUUGAAUUACAUGUGGUAACGCUCCCUCCUCAUUUUGACGCCCAAGAAGAAGAAUGCUUUUGCCAGGAGCCUUUUGCAGGCACCCGAGUUGUUUUUAUGGCAUGCCUCCACAAAAUGCAUUAUAAUUGUUUUGUUCAGUGGGCGCAAGGCUCGCGUGUGUGCCCGUAUUGCCGCCGUGACAUGCUUCAUGGCGCGGCGGUUGAUGGGCGCGCACGCGAUGGGCAGGGAUCCUCAGCCAAUACUUAAUACUAAAAUUAUUACUUUUUAAAAUUAAGGCAAGAGGAUCCCUGUUUUAUUUGCUAAUGUUAUUUAUACUUAGUUUUUGUUACUUUAUUAAUAUUUCGCCCACAAUCCUGUUUGAGUCUCAGAUUAAUUUUUUUUCAUGCCUCGGAAUGGUCAGAUUUCCUUCUUUAUAAAUGAUAAAUUUUUCCGCUAGACCGAUUUUUGCCGCCGAAGGCUAUUUUUUCCUUCCUAAUACUUGCUCUUUACCAGUAAUGUUUUAAGGAAAAAUGAUUGACAUUAAAGACAGCAAAAUCUGAGACUCAAAUAAGGGUGGGGGCGGGAUAUUAAUAAAGUACCUAGUUUAUUUUUUUUUUAACUUGUCUGCCUUAAUACUUUUAAAAUGUCUUAAUAUUAUUUUAAAUACAUGCCUUAAUCUUUUAAAUAAGUUAAUUUUCAUAGAAU